GUGUUCGGCUUCAUGAUCUCAUCUGAUAUCCCGGCAUUUUAACGCAUUUUCGCUGGAUACCAAGUCAUGGUCCAUUCCUAGCAUACGCCCUCAUCAAAUCUGCUUAAAGUACUGGUACACUUCAAGGAGGCGCGCCUGGUCCCCUCGUCCAGUUCGGGUGCAUGUCUUCAACCCAGGACGGCAACAUUACGGCGAGGUCAUCGCCGACCCCUGGCACCGCUAAAGGGGACGGGCAGAAUGGCGGCUCGGCUUCUGUCCAAGAGGUGAAGCCGUCACCAGAACAUAUCCGGCAAAUUGUCCGCCUGACACAAUGUCCUACCUGCUCUCUACCGUUGCGCGAACCCGUCACUCUCCCCUGCGGAAGAACGCUCUGCCGCAGCUGCUUGCCCGAACCCCAUGAGCGGACCAAUAUAACAUACCUAGUCACCCGUGAUAGGCUGCGGGCCUUUCAGUGUCCAUUCCAGGAUUGCGCCAAGCAUCAUGCUUCCGCCGACUGCACCGUCGAUGUCGUCUUGGGCGAUAUCGUCGACGCUAUCAAAACUGAACUAGAAAAGGAAUGCAGCUCCGAGUUGACCACACAUGUUGUUGUGAAAGACAAGUGGGUCGAGGCUGGGAUACCCUCCCUGAGGGAGCCUCAAACAACAUCCCGGUUGCUGGACGGAGGAGCAUUUCUCGCCAUAUACGCGCUAGCAAGGGGCGGAGAACUCGUGUACAACGCCGAGGUCACCUUGGCGAGCCCGCUCACCGAGCAGCAUGCAGAAUCCGACGCGGAGCUCCUGGGCCGGGUGAAGGACGCUGCAAGAGCGAGCGCCGACUGCCCGCUCUGCUACGCCGUGUUCAUCGACCCAGUCACCACCCCCUGCGGCCACACGCUCUGCAGGUCCUGUCUGCGGCGCGUGCUCGACUACGCGCGAGAGUGCCCUUUUUGUCGCCGCGCCUUGUCGAUACGCCCGGACGUGUACCUGGGAGAGUCGCCAUCGUAUCCCGCCAACCAGCUGCUGUCCAAAAUCCUCGACUGCUUCUGGCCGGACCUCGUCGAGGAGCGCCGGCAGGCGGCAGGCCGCGAAGCGCUGAGCCAUAGAAACCCAAACUGCGACAGGGCCAUAUUCGUGUGCACCCUCUCCUUUCCGGCCAUGCCCACCUUCCUACACGUGUUUGAGCCGCGCUACCGGCUGAUGAUCCGCCGCGCGCUCCAGGGAGACCGGACGUUCGGCAUGGUCAUGUACCACCCCGGCACCAGGGGGAACCCAGUCGAGCUGGGCACGCUGCUCCGCAUCGUCAAAUCUGAGUUCUUGCCCGACGGACGGAGUCUCAUCCAGACGAUCGGCAUAUCUCGGUUUCGGAUCCUUGAGCACGACACGCUGGACGGGUACAUGGUGGCCAGGAUCCAGACGGUCAGCGACAUUAGCUUGGCAGAGGAGGAAGACCUCGAGGCGACCGAAACGGCUACGGCAGGAAACCACGGAUUAGCAAGGGCAAGCUUGGGCGAGACCGACCACCAGGAAGAUGCAUCCGCAGCCAGCAGGUCGCCAAUAACCUACGACGAGAUUGAACAAACCCCUACCAAAGACCUCAUGGAGUUCGCCAGGGGGUUCAUUCAGCGCAUGCAGGCCCAGAGGGCGACCUGGCUCGUCGCCCAGGGCCGCAUCAUCUACGGCGAGUGCCCCCGGGACGCGGCGGUUUUCCCGUGGUGGUUCGCCGCAGUGUUUCCCAUCAGGGACACGGAAAAGUACGAGAUUCUCGGCACGACGAGCGUGCGGGAGCGGAUGAAGAUGUGCUGCAGGUGGAUCAUGGAGUGGGAGAAUGCAUCGUGGCAUUCAUCAUGCUGCUUAAUGUAGUUUGCCGUCGUGCCGCAGACCAGAGUGCUAAGCGCUUUGAUGGCUUGAGAACUGCAUUGGCCAUGGGCUCAGCGCCGGUACAAGUACCCCCUAAUACAACAACUCGAUCCCUCAGGCUAGUCGGAGCUGAGGGGAUGGAGUAAUCGUUCGUGAACUUU